GGAAUCAGGGAAAGCAUUGCAGCCUGAGGAUUUUCACUUGUUCCAGGAGGCCAACAACAUGAAAAGAGCAUUUUGUGGCCGUGUCAGACCUCCUGCGAGAUUGCCGGUAUGGCACAAGACACAGCAACAACCACUUUAUUCUUCCAGGUGUGGAUGAUGAAGGACGUGCAAACGCCGAGCAAGUUAAAGAUGCACGGAAGUUGUACCUGGAACUUGCCAUAUCUGUCUCGGUUUCCCUGUUGCUAGCGAUGAUUCUGUGCUGUCUUCUUUUCUGGUGGUGCAGGAAGAGAAAGCAGCGCCUCGCUGCAGCUGAUGGAGCGCAGGACGAUAGCAGCAGCUACAGCUCGCAGUCAGAGGAGGAGUCUGCUGACCUCGAGUGGCCCGAUGGACGGACAAACCACCAACCAUCUGUGCGGGAACAACCUGCCCACCAGCCGCAGGGCACCAGCAGAGCGGCCCCUGCCAGGCUGAACAGCCGCCGGGCUCAGCUAGCCCCGCCUCGACCCCCGCCGCCCCCCAGCUCGGGCUCCGCAUCGCGGGGGAUGAGCGACAGGCCCAGCAGCCCCCAGCCACAGCGGGCAUCAACGCCGCCCCCCCGUCCUCCUCCACCAUCCUUCAAGGGACAGAAGGAACCCGCCCGGGGUGGAGGCUUGCGGUCAUCGGCCAGCAGCGAAACAAUUGCUCCCCGGCAGAAGAGCGACAGGCCCAGCAGCCCCCGGCCGCAGCGGGCAUCAACGCCGCCCCCCCAUCCCCCACCACCAUCCUUCAGGGGACAGGAGCGGUCCCCUCAGCGUGUCGGCUCGCGGGCAUCAUCCAGCACCUGGAUAACUGCUGCCUCGGGGAAGUCUGAGAGGCCUGGCAGCCCCCAGCCCCCCCCAGCACUGCCACUGCCCUCCCCCUCCUCUCCACCAUCCUUUAGGAGGUGGGAGCAGCGCCCCCAGGGUGUCAGCUUGGGGGCAUCAUCACACCCCUGGAAAACCACUGCCAGGGGGAAACAGACCAGGCCCGGCAGCCCCCAGCCCCCCCCAGCACCACCUCUGCCAUCCCCGUUCCCUCCAUCACCUGUCAGGGAAUGGAGGCGAUCUGUGCAGAGUGCAGGCUCGGAGAAACAGUCGGACAGGACAGCCGCUGCCAGGGGGAAGCAGGACCGGCCCAGCAGCCCCCGGCCUCCCCAGGCACCGUCACCAGCCUCCUGUUCCCCACCACCAUCCUUCAGGGGACGGGAGUGGCCCCCUCAGGCACCCCCACUGCCCUUCCGCUCCUCUCCACCAUCCUUUAGGAGGUGGGAGCAGCGCCCCCAGGGUGUCAGCUCGGGGGCAUCAUCACACCCCUGGAAAACCACUGCCAGGGGGAAACAGACCAGGCCCGGCAGCCCCCAGCCCCCCCCAGUGUCACCUCUGCCAUCCCCAUUCCCUCCAUCAUCCAUCAGGGAGUGGAAGCGAUCUGUGCAGAGUGCAGGCUCGGGGAAACAGUCUGACAGGACAGCCGCUGCCAGGGGGAAGCAGGACCAGCCCAGCAGCCCCCGGCCUCCCCAGGCACUGUCACCAGCCUCCCGUUCCCCUCCACCAUCCUUCAGGGGACGGGAGUGGCCCCCUCAGGCACCCCCACUGCCCUUCCGCUCCUCUCCACCAUUUUUCAAGGGACAGCAGUGGCUGCCCCAGCAUGACAGGCCUGGCCGCCCCAGGUCCCCCCAGGCCUCCAUGCUGCCCUCCCCCUCCUUUCCACCAUCCUUUAGGAGGUGGGAGCAGCCCCCCCAGGGUCUUCGCCAGGGGGAAUUAUCCAACAGACCGACAACUGCGGCCUGGGGGAAGCGUGAGCGGAUCAGCAGCCCACAGCCGCCCCGAGCUCCAUCCUCUCCCUCCCCUCAAGCAUCUUUCAGGCGGUGGGAGUGGCCCCCCCGGGGUGUCAGCUCAGGGGCUUCAUUAGAUAAGUGGAAUACCACUGCCAGGGGGAAACAGACCUGGUCCAGCAGCCUCCAGCACACCCCAGCACUGCAUCUGCCCUACCGCUCCUCUCCGCUCUCCAUCAGGAGGUGAGAGCACUCCCAGCAUGUGGGUUUACAGACACUGACAUCCACAGAACCACUGCUGUCAUGUACCUGAGAUUACCAGCCUCCUCAGUACCAAUAAA